ACCCUAGUGACGCUGUCCGGAAGUGAAGGUAACAUGGCGGCGCCCGGUCAGCGGCGUAAAGAUGGCGGCCGCGGUGCUAGAGCAGGGGGAGGAUGCUUUCCGAAAGAUGUUCCGCUUCUACCGGAGGAGGAACCCGCCCGCCGACCUGUCCGGGGUGUUGGCGUUCCGUGCCGGAGAACCCAGGCUGCGCCCGGUGGAGCUAAGUGUCGGCGCGGUGUCGGAUCGGGACGCGGGACGCCUGGGUUUGCAGCCGCUGCGGUGCUGGUCAGCUUACCAUGUGGAUGGCUAUCCAGGUUUCCUCUUCAUCGUUAACCCCUUCCUGCCCGGCUGGCAGCAUGGCUGGGUGCGUCAGUGUCUGAAGCUGUAUCCACGGAAACCAAACGUGUGCAACCUGGACCUGCACAUGAGCCUGGAGGGCGACCUGUGGAGCCACAGCCACGCCCAGCUCAGGAAGAAGUGGUCCCAGAGGCGGAGUGAGAAGACGCUGCUGGAGAAGCUUCGCUGGGUGACCCUCGGCUUCCAUUACAACUGGGACACAAAGAAAUACUACAGGGAGCACCACAGCCCGUUCCCCGCCGAUCUGGCGGCGCUGUCGCGCUGCGUCUCUCUUGCCUGCGGCUUCCAUGGCUUCGAGGCGGAGGCUGGGAUCCUGAACUACUACCACAUGGACUCCUCGCUGGGCAUCCACGUGGACGAGUCUGAGCUAGACCACGGCAGCCCCCUCCUGUCCUUCAGCUUUGGACAGUCCAGUAUCUUCCUGCUGGGGGGUGUUAGCAGAGAGGUGGCCCCCACCCCCAUGAUGAUGCACAGUGGUGAUAUCAUGGUAAUGUCUGGUGCCAGCCGCCUUCUAUACCACGCAGUGCCACGGAUCCUGCGCCAUCCUGGAGGGGGCGUGCUACCCCCCUGCUUGUCUGUGCCUCCAUCCAGUGAUGACAGCAGCCCCCUCAUCGAGCCGUGUUCCCCCUCUGAUUGGGAGGCGUGUGAAUCAUAUCUGCAGUCCGCCCGCAUCAAUAUGACCGUGCGCCGCGUGUUGGCGGAGGGGGGCAACUUUCCUGAGGAGGGUGACGCACAGGGUGCAGAGGUCGCCCACAGAGACUCCUAUCACAAUGAGGAGGACGAGCUCCCAGAGGCAGAAGAGCCAGGACUCCCGGAACGCACGAGAACCGCAGCUCAGGACUAAAUGGGGGGGUCUGAAUAAAGAUUUCUAUUUUAUAUGCCACCUAUUGUCGUCUCCUGCCCCACCUACCAACCGCCACGACACCUUACAGGUACUGAUAGCAGAAUAGUGAGUGCAGCUCUGGAGUAUAAUACAGGAU